AUGAUCCUUGCGGAUAAGCACAAAGUCAAACAACAGCGAUUGGACAGAGUUUGUGAAAGUAUCCGACCCCAGAUCAUGAAAGGCCCCCUGCACCCCCUCCCCCUGGUGGCGCUGCUGGAUGGCAGAGGCUGCACCGUGGAGAUGCCCAUUCUGAAGGACCUGGCCACUGUGGCCUUCUGUGAUGCGCAGUCCACACAGGAGAUCCAUGAAAAGGUGUUAAACGAGGCCGUGGGUGCUAUGAUGUACCACACCAUCACCCUCACCAGGGAGGACUUGGAGAAGUUCAAGGCCCUGAGAGUGAUCGAUCGUAUCGGCAGCGGCUAUGACAACGUGGACAUCAAGGCUGCUGGAGAGCUUGGGAUCGCUGUGUGCAGCAUCUCAUCCGCAGCAGUGGAAGAGAGGGCCAAUUCCCCCAUCUGCCGCAUCCUCAAUCUAUUCCGGCGGAACACGUGGCUGUACCAGGCACUGCGGGAAGGGGCGAGGGUACAGAGCAUGGAACAGAUUCGAGAGGUGGCCUCAGGAGCAGCCCGAAUCCGUGGAGAGACACUGGGCCUCAUCGGCUUUGGUACCACGGGGCAGGCGGUUGCUGUUCGAGCCAAGGCCUUUGGAUUCAGCGUCAUAUUUUAUGACUUCUACUUGCAGGAUAGCAUAGAGCUAUCCCUGGAUGUGCAGAGGGUCUACACCCUACAGGAUUUGCUGUAUCAGAGUGACUGUGUCUCCUUGCACUGCAAUCUCAAUGAACAUAACCACCACCUCAUCAAUGACUUCACUAUAAAGCAGAUGAGGCAAGGGGCAUUCCUAGUGAAUGCAGCCCACGGUGGCUUGGUGGAUGAGAAAGCCUUAUCCCAGGCCCUCAAAGAGGGCACGAUACGAGGGGUAGCCCUUGAUGUGCACAAAUCAGAGCCCUUUAGGUUUGCUCAGGGUCCAUUGAAAGACGCACCAAAUCUCAUCUGUACUCCCCACACGGCCUGUUACAGUGAACAAGUAUCCCUGGGGAUGAGGGAGGCAGCUGCCACUGAGAUCCGCCGAGCAAUCACAGGACGCAUCCCAGAAAGCUUAAGAAACUGUGUUAACAAGGAAUUCUUCGUCACAUCAGCUCCUUGGUCAGUAAUAGACCAGCAACCAAUUCAUCCUGAGCUCAAUGGUGCCACAUACAAGUAUGCACCAGGCAUUGUAGGUGUGGCCCCAGGAGGACUUCCUGCAGCCAUGGAAGGCAUUAUCCCUGGAGGCAUCCUGGUGACUCACAACCUCCCCACAGUGGCACAUCCUUCCCAAGCCUCCUCUUCCAACCAACCCACAAAACUUGGGGAUAAUCGAGAGCACCCGAAGGAGCAAUAA